CCGUCAAAACUCAAAACCAAAACAGGAAAAAAAAAAAAUCCUCCGCCGACGCCCGCGCGGCUCCUCGCCGCCACCGCCCGCGCGCGCCCUCGCCGCCGCCGCGCACGGCUCCGGUUGCUGCGUCACCCCACCGCCGCCACCCACCUCCCCUCCUCGUAAGUCGGCACACCGCCGCCGCCGCGCGCGCGGCUCCGGUUGCUGCCUCCCGCCGACGACGCCACCCGCGCCGGUCGCCUCCUCGCGCCUCGGCACACAGCCGCCGCCCUGCAUCACCCUGUUGUUACUGCCUGCCGCCACACACUUCCCCGAUCUAUUGCUCACACUGCUGUUCGCAAGAAAACCAUGGAGGGGGCUGAUGGCAAGCAGGAUUCAGAAACCACAUUUAUCGUCAAAGUUCACAGAGAACCUGCCAUCAUUAUCAACGGCGUUCCAGAUUUGCCCUCUGAUUCCACAGCUGGUUCUCAAUCUUUAGUAAAAAUUGACACAAAACCUCAGGUUGAUCCUCGUUUUGGUGGAUGGUUAGAAGGGAGGAAAGUGCAGAAGCUUUUUGGAGACAGGCAUUACGUCGGGAAAGUGGCCAAGUAUGACAGUGAAAGCAAUUGGUACAACAUCAUUUAUGAUGACGGAGACCAGGAAGAUCUUGAAUGGCGUGAACUUGAGGAAAUUCUACUGCCAUUGGACAUAACUGUUCCACUCAAAACACUUGUUAUGGACAAGUGUAAACUUAAGGGAUCAGUUUCUGACUUCAGCAAACCUAAGGUGGGUAGACCAAGGAAAAUGUAUGCUACAAUGGAUGACAGUAUGAAGAAAACAUCACAUGCAGUUGCAAUAUCCCAGGGAAAUGAUGCAAACAAUCAGAUGGCGGGUUUGCUUCCAGCUUCUAUGCCCAAUGACAUGAGUGGCCAGUUAGUGACUGUCAUAACAGAAGGAAAUGCUCAAGCACGCUUGCAGGCUAGUAAUCAACCUAGAAAGAGGGGCAGGCCUCGAAAACAUAUUAUACCCUUACCUGCUAAUAUUCAGCCUAAAAAAAGAGGCAGGCCUCCAAAAAACAGGAAUCCACAGAGCGCCGAAAACGCACCAGAUUCUCUGGCGCUUGUGCCAGUGCAAGAUGAUACACAAGAAUCUUCUAGGAAUCAGAACAGCGCCCUCAUUCGCAAUGCAAUGACAGCUCGGGCAGAAAAACUGAAAAGAGAGAAUUUGCGUGCUCAAAGCACACGAUCUGGAACUCGGUUAUUCUAGGAAGAAAGUAGUUUCACUUCUCCAAUUUAGAUAUCUGAAGCAUUUCAGAAUCUAUGUAUCAAGGUGACAUCUAGCUUUGUACACAUAUUUUGUCCAACCCCGCGGACAUCAAAACUUGUAAAACUAAAUCUGCUAUGCCAAUGCUAUCGUAUUCUUUCCUAUACAAUUAUGUUUUCAA